ACCAUAUAGGCCCUACGACAACAAAUAUACUAAUCUUUUAUCAAUUAGACUUAGUCCCUCGCAAUUAUUCACGAGCUUAAUCCACAAUUAAAAAUUAAAUAACAUAAACCGGUUAUUUCACGUACUAUGUGAGGGCAUUUCCGUCAUUUCACAGCCCCAGAUUCACUUGGCUUCAGAUUCUCUAUAAAGGAAUAUCUCAGAGUUUCGAAGAAGAAAGAAGAAACUCUUCAUUACUUUCUCUCUCUAACUUUCCUUCAAAUCUUCGUCCCCAAAAUUCGACUCUCUUUGAUUUAUUUUUUUUCAUUUUCCCACAUUUAAUUCCCAAAGUAAUUACCGAAAUCUCCACUAUCUGAUAUUUGUGUGUAUAUAUAUACGUAUACAGAAUACAGAUUGUUUGUUGUAGCUAAAUUAAUCAACGAAACCCCCACGUUUUUUCCGUUUCAAUUGUGUUUGUAUACUGUAAAGAGAUAAAUUAGGGGGAAAAAUAAAAAAAUUAGGGUUUGUGUGUUGCUGGAUUGUUGUUUGAAGAACCAGGAAUUAUCGAUUUAUGGGGGUUCCGACAAUUGCGCUCUACGCGAGUCCACCGAGCAGCGUCUGCUCCGCGUCGCACCAUAUCAGCUCCCACGCAUCGUGCGAUUUAGAUGUCAACGGCCGGUCAACGUCGUCGGCGUCGACAUCUCCGUCGCAGAGGCCUUUUAUAGGUGGCCUAUCGCGGUUUAUUUCCUCGCCGCCGAUUAAAUCGGCGAGCUAUUCAGCUGGAGGCGACGAUUCCGGUUCAUUGUGGCAUGACAGAACCGAUGAAGUGGGGCCCACUUUUCGAUACUCUUCGUUGAGCUCGUCUCUGAAACGAGAUCAGGCUCACCAGAGCCCAGUUUCCGUGCUUCAUGGCCUGAAUAAUUCAAUCGGGUCGGGUUCUCGGAGCCCGUCCAUGAGAAUCAGUGCGGAUUUCAGCUCAAUUAGGUCUGGAAGUGGGGGAAUGUUUAAUGGGCUCGUGAGGCAUUCGUUGGGUUCGUGUGUCGACUACGAUUCGUCCGCUUUCGGUUUGGAUGUUAAGGAAUUCAAUUUAUCUGCGGAAUCAUCUUCGUUAUCUGCAGACGAUGAGCUCACUUUCAGUAUGGAGGAAACUUUCGUGGGGGUCGACUUGCCGCCUUAUGCGAAAGAUCUGCUUUUCGGUGCUCAGUCGAGGCAUUUGAUUUUCAGGGAUGAUUUCGUCGUCAAGGCUUUUUAUGAAGCAGAGAAGGCUCACAGAGGCCAGAUGCGGGCGAGCGGUCAUCCUUAUUUGCAGCAUUGUGUGGAAACAGCGGUUCUACUGGCUAACAUUGGCGCCAACUCUACAGUAGUUGCUGCAGGGCUUUUGCACGAUACUGUUGACGACUCUUCUGUCACGUACGGAAAUAUUUCCCGGACAUUUGGAGCUGGAGUUUCCGAUCUGGUAGAAGGGGUGUCUAAGCUCGGCCAACUGAGUAAGCUCGCACGGGAGAACAACACGGCAAGUAAAACCGUUGAGGCGGAUCGGUUGCACACCAUGUUCCUUGCAAUGGCAGAUGCUAGGGCUGUUCUAAUAAAGCUCGCUGAUCGACUGCAUAAUAUGUUGACUUUGGACGCAUUGCCUUUGAUCAAACAACAAAGGUUUGCAAAGGAAACAUUGGAAAUAUUUGCUCCGUUAGCCAAUAGAUUAGGGAUCUCCACUUGGAAAUACCAGCUGGAAAAUCUCUGCUUCAAAUAUCUUCACCCGGACCAACACGAAGAACUAUCAUCCAAGCUAGUGACUUCAUUCGACGAGGCCUUGAUUACUUCUUCUUUGGAGAAGCUAGAGCAAGAACUGAAGGAUGGAGGGAUUUCUUAUCACUCUCUGUCGGGCAGACACAAGAGCUUGUACAGCAUCUAUUCCAAAAUGUUGAAGAAGAAACUGGAUAUAGAUGAAAUCCACGAUAUCCAUGGGUUAAGAUUGAUCGUCGAAACUAAAGAAGAUUGCUAUAAAGCUUUAAGAGUUGUCCAGCAGCUAUGGCAUGAAGUACCCGGGAGAUUCAAGGAUUACAUAGCCGAACCCAAAUUUAACCAGUACAGAUCUUUACACACAGUAGUCGUGGGCGAGGGUAUGGUUCCAUUCGAAGUUCAAAUCAGAACAAAAGAGAUGCAUCUUCAAGCCGAGUAUGGAUUUGCGGCACAUUGGAGAUACAAAGAAGGAGAAUCCGAACAUUCUUCUUUUGUGCUCCAAAUGGUUGAAUGGGCACGGUGGGUUAUUUCAUGGCAGUGCGAGGCAAUGAGCAAAGACGGUUCUUCUACCGACUCCCUCAAGCCACCUUGCACAUUCCCUAUCCACUCAAAAGAUUGCACAUUUUCUUGCAGACCUAAUUGCGACACAGACGGACCCAUCUUCGUUAUCAUGAUUGAAAACGACAAGAUGUCUGUGCAGGAGUUUCCAGCAAAUUCGUCCGUAAUGGAUUUGCUAGAGAAGGCAGGUCGAGGAAGUUCGAGGUUACAGCUAAACCACGAGCCGGUUAUUGAUCCUAUUACACGCAAGCUAAAAAUGGGGGAUGUGGUGGAAUUAACUCCGGCAAUACCAGAUAAGUCACUGACAGAGUAUAGGGAAGAAAUUCAGAGGAUGUAUAAUAAGGGUCUUACUGUACCGAGCACAAUGACUUCGGCUGCUAGUUCGAUGGCUAGCUUGAGAAGUUGACCUCUCACUUGAAUUCAUUCUUUGGUGGAUAUUGCAUUUGGGUAACGUAAAAAUCUAGUUAUAUUCUUGUACAUAAACAAAAAGGUUAUAGCGAACAGUUUUAUGGUUAUGUAACUUAUGCUACCGGUGGGACUCUAGAGCUAAUUAGAAUUAGUGAUCACGGGUUUUAUAGUUGUAUUUUUCGUUGUUUGUAUAUAUACAUUAUGGGAGUAAAGGUAUUCAUUCAGCUAUAUGCGGAUGUAAGUGUUGUUUUAUUAUAAUGUAUAUUGCA